UAUCGCGUAGCUUUCUAUAUUGCUUUCUAUUGAGAAUUACAGGACAGGGCUACAGGCAUCAUAGUCUAAGUGCUAAGUCCAGCUGCCUUCUUUUUGACAAAAAUAACGUUGAUAGUGCCCAAAAAAGCCACUAUAAUAAUGUUACACCUAAAAGCUGAGUUUGCAUCAAAUGGACCAUAAUUACAUAAAAAUGAAACAAACAUUUUAUCAAAUAGAUGCUCUAUAGACGAAAGCAUAAAACAGAAUUUAUAAACCAAUUAGAAUAUGGGACGCGUAAAACUAGUUUAAACAAGAUUUUUAAGCUUCUCAUAUUCAAAGCAACGCUAAGAAAAAAUUACAUCGCAAGAUGGCUGGUAUUGCAAGCAACAAAAAAGUCGUACUGAUCUCCCAAGACCCACGUGAUUUUGAACCACCCACUGUUGAGGAAAUCAAGAGUAAUGAAUCGAAGAUCAAUGCAAGUUUUCGGGAAAUCAAUUAUGAUGUUCACCAUAUUUCAACAUUAAAUGAAGAUUUGCUCGUGAACAAAAAUCUAUUUGAAAAGACAGAUGUAGCAGUGUUUUUUAUUACGACGAAAUGCGUUGGCAACAAAUUAGGGCUCUUUGCAAAGCAGCAUGGAACUGAAAAUUCCGUACUGCUUUCAGAAGAACAGUUGAUUGCCCAUCUAAGCACUUUGCCUGCGCUAAAGAACUGCUUCAAAAUCAUUGUUCUUCUGAUUUACUGUGAUGAAAAGAUUGUUGGUAAACCAAUACAUUUGUCAAACUGUACAAAUACCAUUGUGAUACACAACACAUGUGACCACGAGUCAAGAAUAAGGGACGUUCAUAGGAAUGAUAUAUUAGUAGAAACUAUUUGCAAAGAGUUUGUAAAUCAGUACACCGAUUUAAGCCCACAUGAAAUGAUCAAUCGUGUUCACAAUGUAUCAAAAUCAAAAGGCAUUGAACCACAAAUCAUGAGCUUUCCCUGCCAAAAACACAUCAUACUGAGAGCAAACCCUAGAGCACUGGGUGGUCAUAACCGACAGCCGGAAUACUACUCGUGGUUCGCCAACAAUGGAAGACCAUUUACGAGAGGGAAUUGCAUUUCAUUAUACGACGCGAGUCACUGUGAAAUUGCUAAGCAAUUCGCUGAGGUAAUUGGCAGUCACUCUGUGACAACAGAGGUUGUUUCAAUUGAUCACAUUUCUGAAGUCCUAGAUAAAGUCUGCAGAUCAGAGAGCUUGUACGAAAGUGGCGGAUGCCUCGUGGUUGCUGUGUUCAGCAGGAACUUCCAGACAGGAGAUGGACAAUUUUUAAUUGAUACUGGUCCUUGCUUGCGGUCCAGGAGGGAUUUGGUUGAAGCGUUUGAAAAUUGGACCAAGCCGAUAAUUUUUCUCUACCUUGACUGUCGAUUUGACACCAUUGACCCUUCCAUUGAUCAGGUUAAGAAAUCGAGUCCCGAAGUCUCCUCUGAACCUCCUAUCAUUGAAUUUGUUGCUCAAGGAAAACAAAUUAUUGAGAACUUCUUGAAUGGCUGCAAAAGACUUUCUGAACCCAAUUUAAGUCUGCAGCAAACUCUCCAAGAGGUCAUGGAUUCAUGUCAUCAGAAUGAAUACGCCUCACUCUACUAUACCUUGGCUACAAAAUUGUCGUUCGAGAAGUGCACUAAGCUGGAAUUGCUUUCAACGCUGAUUAUUUCUAAAGGAGACACUGAAGUUUCACAAGAAUAUUCAGUGUCAGACGUUGCUAAAGAUUUUUUCUUGGCUGGUGCAAGAAAAUGUCUGCUUUUAACAGGAAAUCCAGGCUCAGGAAAAACGGUUGCAUCAUUGCAGUUAGCAAAACACUUGCUGACAAACUUUCCGUCGCAUCAUAUAAUUUAUGCGAGCUGCAAACUGCUGGAGGAAAUUGUCACAGUUAGUGAAGCGCAGAAUUUUUUGAGCGAUUUAAUUUAUUCCGGUGUUGAGGAAGAAGAGAAAGCAUUGGUAAAGAAAAAAUUUGAGGAAAAGAAAAUAAUUAUUUUGCUAGAUGAUCUUCACAUGGUCCUACAUAAAUGUGAACAAAGAACACUUAAGCUUUUAAAUGUUCUUGGAGGCCAAAAUUUGCCACUUUGGUUGGUGUCUAGAUUCACAGAGCAAGAAAAGAUAAAAAACUGCUUAUUGGGGCAAGAAGUUGUUAAAGUGGAAGUAGCUCCCCUCACCAAAGAGUCACAGAUCAAAAUUCUGUCUGCUGAGUGUCGCCUAAAUCACGAAGAUGGAGAACGUCUUCUGAAGACAUUGCCCUCAACUCUGCAAUUGGACAUCCCACUUCACAUCAGCAUGAUUGACCGCCACUUUAAGCCCAACGCAACAAGCCUUUUCCACUUCUACUGCCAGUACGUGGAAGACCAACUCCGUAUUGAGGUCAAUAAGAAAAUGGGCAGUGAAUGUGCAGCUGAAAUGUUUCCUUCUAUAAGGAUGGAUCUGAUAUACAAAUCUGCUGUCCAGGUGCAGAGUACAGGCUACUAUGAUGUCAACUACAAAGUCUUUGGGGAAGUUGACUAUUUCUUCUACCCUACUUUCGCAGAGUUUUUCGUGGCGCUAAAUUUUAUGUGUUUCCUCAAAUUGGUAGACUAUGGCAUAAAUGGUAGCACAACUGUUGAAAACCUUUUCACACAAUCCAAUCUUGCCCCUGUAAGGAUGUUUGUUGAAAACUUCCUGUCAAAUUCUGGAAAUACUGCAGAUGAUGUCGAGAAAGUAAAAAAUUUGCUACUAACUGACUCUUUAAAGGCAAAAGCCCACGACUGCAUUUACAAUGUUGUCAAAGAGGGACACCUUACGCUCUACAAAAUGUUCACCAGUCCUUUCAUGCGGCAACAUCUUGAGAUCGACAACAUCCAAGAUUCACAGUCUGGAUUUUCGCAGAAAUGGAAUAAGAAGUACCAACAUUCACCAUUGUUCUAUGCGUCCAAAUCAAACGAGCAGAUCGCACUUCUGAUUAUAAGUGAAUUCCCUGUUAGGGCAACCCUUCUCAAUCUUGAUUUCAACACCCAUGAGGCUGCUAAGAGAGGAUUUCUGGAAGUAGAUAGAAUUAUUGCAGAAAAGCUGCCAGGUUCACUAAAUGAGCCUGAUAGUAACGGCAUGAUGGCUCUGCACUACGCGGCGUUGAUGAAUCAAACAGAAUGGGUGAAAAGGGCAAUGCUAAUGAACAUGGAACUUGAGGUGAAUGGACUGUCCAAGCACGGCGUCCCUCCUGUCUUCUAUGCUGCAGGAAACGGAAACUUUGAGAUAAUAAGGAUUUUGCUGAUAUGCUGUGCCAACUUGCAGGUAAUAGAUAAAGAAGGAUCAACGAUUUUGCAUUGGGUGUUUAAGAAGAAGAAUUUGAUAGACUUGAAAAUCUUGACGUACUUGCUAAGUUUAAAGUCGGUCCCAAUAAAUGAGAUGAACAAUGAGGGUGAUACAGCACUUCUUUUGGCGGUUAAAAUAGGAAAUAUUGAAGCUGCUAGAAUUUUGUUAGAAGCAGGCGCCGAUCCACAGCUUGCUGAUUCACAAGGAAUGACGAUCUUGCACAUUGCCGCCAAAUCUAAGAACGCAAAUAUCUUUCUUGAAAUAAUGACUUUCGUGCCUGAUACUGUGAUAUUUUGUGCUGACAAAAACGGAAGAACCCCGCUUCAUUUGGCUGCUGAGAACGGACAUAUUUCGAUCCUGCAAGUUUUGAUGGAAAAAGGAGCCCACAUGUCUGCUCUAGAUGCCAAUGGAUGGAACGCUCUGCACUAUGCAGUCAAGGGAAAAUCUGACUGUCUCGGAUGGUUGUUAGAAAAAAUGCCAAGGAGCAUCAAUGAAAAGGACAAAGCAGGGAAAACUUUGGUGCACUUGGCUGUUCAGUUUUUGUUUUACAGAGGAAUUCACUUGAUGGCAGAACUUAGAGCUGACUUGAAUGUGAAGGACAUGUUAGGAAAGACGCCCUUGCAAUAUGCGUUGGACAAUAAAAACGCUCGAGCAAUCAAAAUCAUUCAGUCGUUUACGCAGAUUAACGAGAAUGAGAGAACUGACGUGUCCAGAGUAUUGUCUGAUCUUGAUGUUGAAAGUUUGGCGUGUCCAAACGACGCUCUAAGCACCAUUGAAGAUGAGUUUGAAGACGAUGAACAAGCAGCAGGGCCUUCAGGAUUGAAUGCAGUGAACCAAGACGGUAACGUGGAAAACAUGGAUGUUGAUUGCAAAUCUUUGGAAGAGGGUAGUGAUGAAGACAACGUGCUAGAAGAAUAUGAAAGAAGGAAAAAAGAUCUCAAGAAAUACCAAGUGCAUGGACAUUUGAACAAUCUGAAACUUCAGUUAGCACUGCACAGAUUUUUCACUUUCCCUCCGAACUUUGACAGCAAGUGCCCCACAAAGCGAAUUCACUUGGCGCAGAGCGGCUUCUUUUGCACCCUAGAUGGAAACUCGAUUCAGUGCUUCUAUUGCGCUCUGGAGAUUUCGAUCGACAACAUAAACUGGGGGGAUGUGACCCUGGAGCAAGUCAAUGCCAAACAUGACAAUCUGAGCCGUAAAAAAUAUGGACGUGCUUGUCCGCUCCUCAAAAACAAUGAUGUUGGGGAUGUGCCGGUCAUUAAUCCCAGCUCUUAUAUAUAUGAAGCGCAUCGUCUCUAUUCCCUCUUGUCGUCAAGAUGGAUCAAUCCAAAUGUGAAAGAAUAUGACCUGGCAAAGUGGGGAUUCUACUACACUGGAGUAGAUGACAAUUGUCGCUGUGUAUUCUGCAAACUGGAAGUGAGAGGUUGGGAACCUGGGGAUAAAGCCGAAGGCGAACAUCGACGAUGGAAUCCCAAAUGUCCUUUUCUGCAAAGUAGCCAAACAGAUAAUGUGCAAAUUGGCGAAGAACUCACUGUUAGAAAUGACGACAAUCCAUUCAUUACAACACCAAUUAAAAAGUAUGGUGACCACGUCCACUACAGCAAGAAUUUGCGACAGAACGUGUCUGUUGAGAUGCUAGGAAUCACACCCAUAGGAGAUAUGAAGUAUCGACAAUACAGUACAGUCCACUCUCGAGAGAAAUCAUACAACAACUGGCCGAAACAACUCUCCCAGAAACCUGAGAUGCUUUGUGAUGCUGGGUUCUUCUACACAGGAACUGGAGAUCGGGUGCUGUGCUUUCAGUGCGGAGGAGGACUCAAAGAUUGGGACCCGAAGGACAAGCCGUGGAUAGAGCAUGCCAAAUGGUUUAGCAGGUGCCCCUACCUGAAUAUCAAAAAAGGCAAGAAGUUUAUCGACAAAGUCGUCCACUCUUACCAAGACGCUGAGGAAGUAGCCACAGACGGCCCCGAACCAAAAGUGAGGAGCGCUGAUCCCCCUGGCAGCUUGCUGUGCUGGUUGUGCAAGGACAAAGAUGUCAAUUGUGUCAGUCUCCCGUGCGGCCAUAUGACCACUUGUGUCGGAUGUGUCGACGAAGAACGAAAAUGCAGAGCGUGUGGUCAGGUAAGAUCUGCUUAUGCUGAAGUGUUUAUGUAAAGGGCGCAGAGAAUGGACUGUGCUAUUGAAAAACUGAAUUCCCUACGAAAGUGGAUACAAUUCAGCAAGCGAAAUGCCUCAAGCCGGGUGUGUUAAUUAUAAGUAUUUUUCUUUUUCGUCGUGUUUGCCUAGUAGGCAAAAUAAGAACUCUACGAAUUUGUGCAAAUUUGUCUGAUUAAUUUCCAAUUUUAUGAAAACGAAAUUGUUGAAAAUAAUUUACUCGCAAAAAAUGGAUGAUUAGUUGAUCACACUGCACUUGUUAACGCAUGCACAAUUCUUCACCUCAAUGGUGAGAAUAAUCACAUUUGAAUAGUUUCAUAAUCAUGCGAUAUGCGUGAAACAUUUUCUUAUCGACUUAUUUCAAAUACAUAUCAUUGCACGAGUGAAAUAUCACUAUAUUGUGUUUAACUAUUGAUAAUUUUACAAUAAAGCAGGGCUAAAUUUAUUUUUUUAAAUAACUUAAAUUUGUUUUAAGAAUUCCCCUUUUGUUUUUAUUUUUACCUUUGAAUAAUUAUCACACAACUAUGUUUGAGUUUUGUUUUCAACAAUUUUUUGAAAUUUUCUAGGGUUUUUGUGUGAAAAAGUUAUUACUUCAUCAUAAGCAUAUUAAAUAAUUUAGAAUUAAGUGACUGCCCAGAAGAAUGAAUGAAGCACAUUAAUUAAAAAACAUAAGCAACCAACAUUAACUUAAUUUUUUAAUUAUUAAAGUUAUAACCUUUUGUUAGAUUAAAUUUGAUAGUGAAAAUAUUGACUUUCAAAAUUUUAAUGUAACCAACAUGAUUGCAGCAAAGUGGAGAAAUAAACAGGCUAAAUAAAAAUUAUGUUCA